AUGUCGCUUAUUUGUUAUCUUUCAAAUGAAGUUCCAGAACAACCUGUUCUUUCGCCUGUUUCUGGUUGUAUUUUUGAAAAACGCUUAAUCGUCAAAUACUUACAUGAAUCAUCAAUCGACCCGGUCAAUGGUCAACCAUUAACUGAAGAACAACUAAUCGAUGUUAAAGCCAUCAUUAUUAUUGUAACACUAGCGCUACUACAAUGUGGAAUGUAUGAAACAUUGGGAGAUGAUAAACUAAAGUCAUUUCCCAUCGAUUUAUCUGUUUAUACUCGACAAAUUCCUGUUCAUGGCUUAGUUGAUCCGGCAUGUAGUCGCACAAAAAAUGUUUAUGUUUGUGCUGGCAUCUGUCCUUGGUCUAACACACCGAAUAACGAGCGUAUUGCAUGUUUCUUUCUUCCGCGUAAGCCGAAUCCUGACUUUGUCGCAAAUAAUAUUUAUUGUACACCUGAUCCUGAUCAAUGUCCAUCUUACAAUGCAUGGUUGAAGGACGAUCUACCACAAACACGACAACAUAUCCAGCGAAUACCUGAUAAUCUUAUGUCGAACUUUACACUGAACUAUUCGAUACCAAUUGAUUAUAGCAAUCAACAGUUUCGCACAACCGAUACUUGGCCGGCCAAUUGGACAAUUGAGAGUAUUGAAAAGUAUCGAAAACAAGUACGAGCACGUGAAUCUUAUGGCUCUUACAAUAGUAAAGAUAUAUAUCCUGCAUUGGAUAACUAUGCAUCAUUAGCUAUUAUAAAUAAGACAUGUGCAGUCAUUGGAACUGAAAAUCCUUGGAUUGAAGCAGCAUUACUCGAAUAUAAUGCAUCGAGUGUGACGACGAUUGAAUAUGCUACGAUCUAUUCGAGUGCUCCUCGCCUAUAUACGAUAACACCAAUGGAUUUUGCAAGAAAACAGAAUAAUGCGAAGGAACGCCAACUAUUCGAUAGUGUUUGGUCCUAUAGUAGUAUUGAACAUGAUGGUCUUGGUCGAUAUCGAGACCCAUUGAAUCCAUAUGGUGAUUUUCAGACAAUGAUAAAAAUUACAUGUAUUCUUAAGCCAGGUGGCUUUUUAUUCUUGAGUGUACCACUCAAUACUCACGAUUUCAUACAGUUUAAUUUGCAUCGUAUAUAUGGCCCUAUUCGUUUACCAUUAUUAUAUCGACAUUUUCAUGUUGUCGAAGUGUUAGGCUCAGGGAUGGCAAAUCGUCAUGGUGAUUCUGGUACUCAGCCUUUCGUUGUUCUACAAAACAAAAUAGGCUGUAAUAGUGCAUAG